CUAUCUUUGGAGCAAAGACAGCGAAACGCCAUGCUACCGGCGCUGCUUGUCAUCCUUCUCAUAACGUUUGGACACGGAGAAAAGGACAAACCGGAACUUAGUGAGGAAAUCAAAGAAAUAAUACAACAUGUUCAUAACGAGUGCGUCGGCAAGACCGGGGUGGCGGAGGAGGACAUAGCGAAUUGCGAAAACGGCAUAUUUAAGGAAGACGUCAAAUUGAAGUGCUACAUGUUCUGCUUACUGGAGGAAGGGAGUCUUGUCGACGACGAUGGUAACGUUGAUUAUGACAUGAUGGUCAGUUUAAUCCCUGAUAAGUACACGGAUCGAGUCGAGAAAAUGAUAAAUGCCUGUAAAGGUCUCGAUACGCCUGAUAAAGAUAAAUGUCAGAGAGCAUUCGAUGUCCACAAAUGUUCUUACUCCCAAGAUCCUAAAUUUUAUUUCUUAUUUUAAAUCCUAAGGCUAGCUGACUAUUGGAGAAGCAAUUAAUUUAAUACACUAAUAUAUAACAUA